AUGGCUAAGAAGGGAGAGAUUCCUUAUCCAAUGUUUGAGACAAGGAGAGCCACAGGUGGGUGGCUCAUCACAUACAGGCUCUUCUCUAUCUCACUAUUCAUCGGAAUAUUCUCAAUCUGGCUUUACAGAUUCUCACACUUGUUCAAUAUCCAUGGUGGGGUCGAAGAAGAAGAAGACGAUGAUGGUGAGAAAUCUUGGGUCGUCUGGGUUGGUUCGCUUGCUGCUGAACUAUUUUUUGGACUGUACUGGCUUCUCACCCAAGCUCUCAGAUGGAAUCCUGUGUUCAGACAAACCUUCAAGCACAGACUCUCUCAAAGAUAUGAGCAUAGUUUACCGGGAGUAGACGUGUUUGUGUGCACGGCAGACCCAGAUAAAGAGCCACCAAUGAUGGUGAUGAACACAGUGUUAUCAGUAAUGGCCUAUGAUUAUCCUUCUGACAAGUUGAGUGUGUAUCUCUCAGACGAUGCUGCCUCAGAGAUUACCUUCUAUGCUUUAUUAGAAACUCGUUCUUUUGCUAAGAAAUGGCUUCCCUUCUGCAAGAGAUUCCAUAUGGAACCCAGGUCUCCUUCUGCUCAUUUGGAUGGCUUGUGCUUACCUACUUCUUCAGAUCAUGAUGACGACUCUAUUUGGAUCCAGGAAUUGGCAGCCAUUAAGAAACUAUAUGAUGAUAUGGAAAGACGAAUCGAAGAUGCAACCAAGUCGGGACAAGUGCCCAGAGACGUACGUUCAAUGCACAAGGGAUUUUCUCAGUGGGAUGCAUAUUCUUCUCGACGUGACCACGAUACAAUUCUCAAAAUAUUGCUUCAUACAAAAGAUUCACUCAACUCGAAAGAUGCAGAUGGGUCUGUUAUGCCAACUCUGGUGUACUUGGCUCGUGAGAAGAGAUCCCAAUAUCACCAUCAUUUUAAAGCUGGAGCCAUGAAUUCAUUGAUAAGGGUUUCUUCAAAGAUUAGCAACGGGAAAAUUAUUCUGAACGUGGACUGUGACAUGGCGUCUAAUAGCUCAGAAUCUGUGAGGGAUGCACUGUGCUUCUUCAUGGAUGAAGAGAAAGGCCAUGAAAUAGCUUUUGUGCAAUUCCCACAGAACUUCGUUGGUGUCACCAAGAAUGACUUGUAUGCGAAUCAUGUGCAAGUAUUCAACAAAUUGGAAGCACAUGGCUCUGAUGGUUGUGGGGGCUCAUUGUAUAUCGGAACAGGCAGCUUUCACAGGAGAGAUAUUCUCUGUGGAAGGAAGUUCAGUGAUCAACACAAUGCCAUCAAUGAUUGGAACAACGAUGAUGAUGACCAACUCAUCAUGGAAGAAAGCUUGCAAAAACAAGAACAAGAAUCAAAGCCUCUUGCUAGUUGCACCUACGAACAAAACACACUGUGGGGAUCAGAGAGGGGUUUAAUAUAUGGAUGUGCAGUGGAAGACGUGAUGACAGGAUUAUCUAUACACAGCAAAGGGUGGAGAUCAGUGUAUUGCAAUCCAGAAAGGAAAGCAUUCUUAGGAGCGCCAUUAACGACAUUGGGACAAGUACUGGUUCAGCAGAAGCGAUGGGCUGAGGGUGACUUUCAGAUUUUGGUUUCAAAGUACAGUCCACCAUGGCAUGCUUAUGGAAAACUCAGUGUAGGUCUCCAAAUGGUAUACUGUAACUAUUGCUUCUGGGCACCUAAGUCCUUGCCAAUUCUCUAUUACUGCAUCGUCCCUUCGCUUUGUCUACUUAAGGGCAUUCCCUUGUUUCCAAAGAUAUCAAGCCCAUGGUUCAUACCUUUCGCAUAUGUAAUACUUGCGGGAAACACUAGCAGCUUGGUGGAGUUUUUGAGCUGUGGAGGCACGGUUCAAGGAUGGUGGAAUGAACAAAGAAUGUGGCUUUACAAGAGAACAAGCUCUUUCUUCUUUGCUUUCGUGGAGAGUAUCUUGAAGCUUCUAGGGUUUCCUCUAGCUUCAGGCUUCGCAAUCACUACUAAAGUUGCAGAACAAGACGCUUCCCAACGCUACGAGAAGGAGAUUAUGGAGUUUGGAGGCUCUUCUCCGAUGUUCACUCUCUUAGCAACACUGGCUAUGCUCAAUCUAUUUUGCUUCCUUGGCGUAUCAAUGGAUGCUCUUAUAAGUGAAGAUGGUUUUAUUAGGGUUUUGGAGAAGAUGAUCUUGCAGAUUAUGUUGUGUGGGGUUCUUGUUCUCAUCAAUGUGCCAAUAUACGAAGGCCUUUUCUUUAGGAAGGACAAAGGAGGAUUGCCAACCUCUGUUGCCAUUAAAUCUACAAUAUUUGCUUCAAGUGCUUGUGUACUCUUCAAAGGCAUGAACUUCAUCACUUAGGUCUUAAUUAGGCUCUUAUAUCUUUACCGAAGUUUUAAUUAGUUUAUAUUAUGUUUCAUGAAUAAUAUGUUUUUCCCAUAACAUUUGCUAACAAAAAAGCUCAAUAAAUGUAGUACGGCAGAGGCCUAAUUUGUCGUCUGGUGUUA